UUCCACUCUCAAGCAACUAGCAAGUAGCAACUCAUCUCUCUCUCUCUCUUCAAUUCCUCUCUCCCCUCAAAUCCAUUAUCACCACCAAAUCGAUUUCGAAAUUCGAAGUUCGUUCACAGAGAGAUGGAGCAGAGCGCAGAUUCGCGCAGUUCUCUGAUUUCUUCGGCGAAUGAAGACGAAUUCGCCGUUUGCCGAAUCCUGCUCGGUCUCAGGAAGCUCUUGUCGUUAUCUGAAUCGCUCUCCGAUCACAACUGGGGCUGCAGGCGGAGGAGAUCCUGCCUUGUCUCUCCGCCGUCGCUAAUUAGCGCUUCAUCCUUGCCGGAAAACAGAAUUGAAGAGGCAUGCCUUCCACUCAAAGCAGAGGAGGAGGAGGCGGCGGCGGUUUCGAGCCCCGAAACACCGCUGUCCUUCCCCCCCAGCGAAUGCGAUGAUAGGCACAAGCAUUCGUCGAAGAAAAACUCGAAGAAAAGGUUGAGGGAAGGUUACUUGGAUAUGAUAAACAGACUUACUGAGAGGAAGGAGCUGCUGUCAAGGGAGAUUAAAAAGGUGAAGAAGUUCCACAACGAGCUCAAGGCCUACAAUUCCCAGCUCAAAUCAUUCAAACAAGCGGAGAUGAGAAGAGAUCAUGUGCUCCGAUUGGGCGGGGUACGGGAUUUCGAUCUAAACCGUCCCGCUGAAGAGGCGUUCGGCGACGUGGAGGUAUGUCAGCCGUUUGAUGCUACCGCGGCGGAUAAACGGGCCAGAUCUGCUGAAGCGAGGAUGAAGAGGAUGAAAAUCAUCAAAAACAAGUCUAGAUUUAGGAAAUACUAAAAUCUUUUAAUUUAUUGUUUUAUUUUAGUUCCACAUUGACCACUUGUUCUCCAAUAGAAUUGGGUAGAAUCAAUUUCUUGACGUUUGCCAAAAAUAUUGGUUUAAUUGAGAUUGUAAAGCGGCAACAUUUUUGGGUAAUUUUUGUACUAUGAUUCUCUCUUAAACUGAUGGAUUUAUCUGCAGAAAGUUAUAAUUUGGAAUGAAUGGAAGAGAUAUUGUUGUACUAA